AAGGAAACAGGGCCCGGCCUUGAGCCGCGGAGCUAGCGGGGUUACAUCUCCUUUGGAGACCCUUUCUGGGGUUUAGGGAAAUGGAGACAGUUAUAUCCGUGGAAACAGGCGGAAGGCUUGUUGCGUGGGUUUCCUCAUAUUUAGCCAUUGGUCCCUUUCUUGCCUGGGCUAUGGUAUUUCCGUUCAAAGGCCCCAGAACACCAGAGAUAGACAGAGUCUUCUUGACUUCUUUGGCGCUCCGUCCCCGAGGAACUAUGGGGCGUCAACCUUGCCCCACCCACGCGCCGGGGGACGUCGCUGCCAUGGCGACACUGCUGCUCCGGGUCCUACGUCCCCUCAGCCGACUCCUGGGUGGUCACUGCCCUGCUGAGGGUGUGUCCCUCCGGGCCGGGAUCCAUGGCGCCAGCCUGUUGUACCCGGACCAUAUUCCCACCUCCCCGCUGCAGAAAGCGCUGCUGGCCGCCGGCUCGGCCGGAAUGGCGCUGUACGACCCGUAUCGCCACGACAUGGUUGCAGUUCUAGGGGAGACCACAGGAUACUACACCCUGAAGGUCCUCAGGGACCAGAUGAGGAGGGAUCCAGAGGGUGCCCAGAUCUUACAGGAGCGUCCCCGGAUCUCCCUGGCCACCCUCGACAUGGACAAGCUCCGGAGCCUGCCUGAAGGUUCCUUCGGCUGUGAAUAUCUCCGCUUCCUGGAAGUAAAUAGGGUGUCCCCCGAUACCCGAGCGCCCACCCGCUUUGUGGACGACGAGGAGCUGGCAUACGUGAUCCAGCGGUACCGGGAGGUGCACGACAUGCUGCAUACCCUGCUGGGGAUGCCCACCAACAUCCUGGGGGAGAUCGUGGUGAAGUGGUUUGAGGCUGUGCAGACCGCCCUGCCCAUGUGUGUCCUGGGUGCACUCUUUGGACCAGUCCGCCUCAGAGCUCAGAGCCUGCAAGUGCUGGUCUCCGAGCUGAUCCCGUGGGCGGUUCAGAACGGGCGCCGGGCCCCGUGUGUCCUCAACCUAUACUACGAGCGGCGCUGGGAGCAGCCCCUGGCGGCCCUGCGGGAGGAACUGGGCAUCACGGUGCCCCCUCUGGACAUGCGGGUCCUGUCCUAGCCCUGGCCCGCCUCCCUAGGGGUAGAGGGCACUCUGCCCUACCUUUGCUCUUCUCUUUGGACACUGCCCUUUGGAUAUCUACCAUAAUUGUCACAACUGCAUCCUGUGGCCCUGAGGGCCAAAGCAGGAGGGUGCAACGGGGGCCCGCAGGAGUUGAGACUGCCCAGAGAACCACAUGCACCC